UGGAUAAAUGAUGAAUGAUGUUGAACUGGAGUUGCUAAGAUUGAUUGACUACAGUUUUGCUUUCAAAAAAGUUUAGAUUCUGAUGAUUCUGUGAUUUUUCUCAAAUAUUUGGUAAUUUCUAGUGAAAAAUAUGUGAAUGAAUGAAAAUCCGUUUUUAACUUUUCACGUUUCCUUUUAGCCGUUUAUGUGAAAAUAAAGUUGGAUUCUUCUGUGGGGGUGGAGGGGGUGUCUUUAGGUAGCUUGAAUUAUGUUGGAGGGGUGGAGUGGAUUGGGUGGUGUAUUGAUCGUUGGGGGCGUGCUGCAGUUUGUUGGGGCAGAACCUGCUGGGUGUCAGCAGCUCAGAGGAGGAGAAAGGGUGGGUGGGGGCAAGAUAAAUAAGUCCAUAAAGGAUGCUUUCAGAGAGUUGGAGAGAGGAGAGGGGGUGCCGGUCAAACAGCCCCCCCGGCUUGUCGGAGGCUGCUGGCUGCAUUGCAGAGAGCCGGCUGGGGGGUUGAAGCUGAGCAGACGGGACGGGCAGAGUGGGGGGGAAUCGGGGCUCCUCAGCGGCAGACACAAACCGGCAAUGCAGCAGGAGCUGCAAGGGGGGGGCUGUCUCCCUCCUGCAUGAUCAAACUCCACAUUAGUAUCAUUCAGACGCAGGAUGGGGAGCAGCAGAGGAGAAAGUGAAGCUCUGAUCAACCCCCAGCUGGGGGGAUUCGUGUCCCGGGACAGUAGAUAGGAGGAAGAGGAGGAGGAGGAGGAGGAGGCUGACGGACGUGGAGGAGGGAGGUGCUUCGAGCUCCCAGCUGUAUUUUUGGGAUCUUCUGAAAUAAGCAAGCAAGCUGGAAUAAAGAUGUAGUGUGAGCCGGAGGAGGGAGGGGGUCAGAACAAGGAGAGUGCUGUGCUGAGGGGAGGAGAGGGCUGGACGGGGAGACCAAUCUGGGGGGAGACCAAGACGGAGGGUCCACCGGGCCAGGAAGAUGCCCUCUCGCUGCAGGAAUGCGGUGAACAUCGUGGUCACCACCCUCUUUGCUGCGGUGGUGCUCUUCGCCAUCCUGCUGGCCUACGUCACAGGGUACCAGUUCAUCCACACCGAGCAGCACCACCUGUCCUUUGGUCUCUACGGUGCCUUCCUCUCCCUCCACCUCUUCCUCCAGAGCCUCUUCGCCUUCCUGGAACACCGGCGGAUGAGGAGCCCCGCCCAGCCUCGACACCUCCGCCGCUCCGUGGCCCUCUGCAUCGCAGCGUACCAGGAGGACCCCGACUACCUGAGGAAGUGUCUGCGCAGCGUGCGCCGCAUCUCCUUCCCAGGCCUGAAGGUGGUGCUGGUGGUGGACGGGAACCGACCAGAGGACCGCUACAUGAUGGACAUUUUCCAUGAGGUGAUGGGCGGAGCCGACCAGGCCGGCAGUGUGGUCUGGAAGGGGAACUACCACAGCGACGGGAGUGGAGGAGGAGGAGUCAGAGGCAGGGGGAGGAGCACGGUGCACAUGGAGGAGGCGGCUCGGGUCACUCGGAUCGUCAGAGGCUGCCGGUACUCAUGCAUCAUGCAGGAGUGGGGAGGGAAGAGGGAGGUGAUGUACACCGCCUUCAAGGCUCUUGGGGACAGCGUGGACUACGUUCAGGUGUGCGACUCAGACACGGUUCUAGAUCCAGCUUGUACCAUUGAAAUGCUGAAGAUCCUGGAGGAAGAUCCUAUGGUGGGCGGGGUCGGCGGGGAUGUGCAGAUCCUCAACAAGUACGACUCGUGGAUCUCCUUCCUCAGCAGCGUGCGUUACUGGAUGGCGUUCAACGUGGAGCGAGCCUGCCAGUCCUACUUCGGCUGUGUGCAGUGCAUCAGCGGCCCUCUGGGCAUGUACAGGAACUCUCUGCUGCAGCGCUUCCUGGAGCCCUGGUACCACCAGACCUUCCUCGGCUCCAAGUGCAGCUUCGGCGACGACCGCCACCUCACCAACCGGGUGCUCAGCUUCGGCUACAAGACCAAAUUCACCGCUCGAUCGCAGUGCCAGACAGAGACGCCCACGCAGUAUCUGCGCUGGCUCAACCAGCAGACACGAUGGAGCAAGUCGUACUUCCGCGAGUGGCUCUACAACGCCUUGUGGUUCCACAAGCACAGUCUGUGGAUGACCUACGAGUCAGUGGUCACUGGCUUUUUCCCCUUCUUCCUGGUGGCCACGGUCAUCCACCUGUUCUACCGUGGCCGUCUGUGGAACAUCUUGCUGUUCCUGCUGACCGUCCAGCUGGUGGGCAUGGUGAAGGCCACGUACGCGUGCUUCCUGCGUGGAAGCCUCGUCAUGAUCUUCAUGUCUCUGUAUUCGCUGCUCUACAUGUCCAGCCUCCUCCCGGCCAAGAUGUUCGCCUUGCUCACCAUCAACAAAGCUGGGUGGGGCACCUCGGGCCGCAGGAAGAUUGUGGUGAACCUCAUCGGCGCUGUGCCGGUCACAGCGUGGGCUCUGGUGCUGCUCGGAGGCGUGGCCUACACCGUCUACUGUGAAACCCAGCAGCGCUUCAGUGAAAUGGAGAAAGCCUUGUUGAUAGCGGGAACCGUCCUGUACGCCUGCUACUGGCUCAUCCUGCUGGUCCUCUACCUGGCAGUGGUUGCCAAGCGAUGCAACAAGAGGGAGGAGCAAUAUCACCUGUCGUACGCAGAGGCAUGAAGCCGAGGUUGCUGGGAUGUCCGUGUCAGUGCCGCCGCCCCAGGGAGGUCUCUGCAGGAGACGCGAGGAGCUAAGAUCUUCAUCUCUGGUGCUACAUGUGAAGAGAUGAGCAGGCCCACCAUCUCUGCCGUUUCUUCUAUUCUCUCUGGUGCUUCACUCCAAACCAAGCAGGACUUUAAAGGGUCCGGACUGUUCUGGAGACUGGGAUUAUUUGAGAGCGUAGAAGAAUGAAAUGAAGACAUUUCAGAUUAGCAGCUGAUUCAGAAGAGAGAAGAAAAAAAAUCUGAAUAGUUUUGGAAAAGACAAAAUCUGGAAAUGUUUCCACUCUAAAAACAGGAUUUCUGUUUGGACAAAAGAAGAGCUGCAAUAGAGGAAAUCAAGCAGAACACAUAGUCAGACAGAAGGUGCACAAGAUAAGGUCACAUGCAGGGUUGGGAUUUAGUUUGAUCUCAGCAGGCCUCACAAUUCACAGCGUAAAUACGUAAUUUUAAGAAACCUUGGAUUCUGUGUACAGUAGAAUAAAAUUCAUCAAUAUAGAUCAUAAACUUGUUCUGGAAUGAAUACAUUGGAAGAAAACCCACAAUAAUGACCUCUUAAAGACCCACUCCGAUCACUCUUUUAUGGACCCACUACCAUGUAAAUAAUGUUUUUGGUGUUUUUAACAUGUUCUUGUUGCAAUUUUCUGAUUGUGGAGAACAUAUGUAAAGAAAGUUUGGCUUAAAAAUACGUUUCUGGGUAUUUCGUUUUUCAAAUCAUAUUGAUUUAUGAGCAGAAGAAAGAAAUGCUGCUUGAAAAAGCUUGUAAUUGUUAUAUAUAAACUACUAGCUUCUUGCUCCACUUCAUUCUGAUGUAUCCCCUUGCAGACAAAUAGAUUCAUAAACAUCUUUAUUUUCCUCGUCUAAGCUCGAACCUGGAUCUAAACUGUUC